UGUCGCUUGUAGUUUUUGCGUCACGCCCUACUUUCAGGGACAUCUUUAGCGUAUUUAUAUCGUGAACGUAAAUAUAAAGGAAAUUAUCAUGGUGCUGGUGUGGUUGUUGCUGGUGCUGCAGCCAGCCCUGGGGCUCGAGUACCACGCCGUGGAGACCGAAAUGUUCGCGAUCCCGGUCAGCCCCAACCUGUUCAAUUGGACGUAUCAAGAGUUCGACCAGCAGUACCGGUUCCACGCGUCCCUGGCUGGUAGCCCCGAGUUGACCUCCUGGUUGCGGUACCUCUACAGCGGCAGACAUCACUCAGGGUUCAUAUUCGGGACGCCGCCAAGAGGGACCCUCUCACCCAUUACAUUAGAAGUAAUCGGCUUAAACCGUCAAGACUACGAGACCCGGCGGACAAUCCUCACUCUCAACAUUCUCCCGAAAGACUCGCUCGCCAGGCACGAGGUGGAGCUGAAGAUUGACAACCUCAACGUUGAAGACCUGCUUGAUCAGCACAGGAUGACAAAACUGAAAGACAUUCUUCGGACAAAGUUGUGGUUAGAGAGCAACGGAGACCUGUACCCAACGUUCUUGUCUUCCGCCAUAGAUCUGGGAGCCAGGCUACCAUUAAAGCCCAGUGACGGUGAAGGUUUGGUGGUACGUUUGGGAAGUUCUGUGCCAUUCUCCAGCGAGCUGAAGCGACUUCGAGAAGAGGUGCGUCCACUCUCUCGCCUGCCCAGUUGUCCUCGCGAGUUCAAGCGCACCACUGUUGAGAGACUGUUCCGAGAUGCCGGCUUUACUCUGGACUGGUGCAGCUUUGAGCUGUACAAUACAGUUUACAAUGAGCGGUCAACGCAGCGGUACGAAUAUCUGACAGAGAUACCAAACACUAACAGAUCCAAUAGCAAAGUACUAGGCUCGCAUGAAGUGUGGAGAGCUCCGAGUAAACACGCGCUGCCGAGCAGGAGUUACUUGCAGCAGCUGUCUGUGACCAUAGCGCUACCGUUGUUGCUGAUGCUGCUGUCUGUUGCUACUCUGAGUGCUAUCCUGUGCUUCCAAUAUGCCGGUGACCGCGAGUCUGACGGUUUUCUGACGGACAUCUACCACGUUUGUGCAGAUUACAGAAAACGAAGGGUACAGAAAUCGGGUAGAAUGGAGCUUUGUAAAUACGGGACUGGCAACACUGACCAAACGCAGCUGGCUGACAAUGACAGUUCGAAAAGCUUAGGAGCCAGCCCCAACAACAGUCUAGUCCGGCCGUACAGUCCAAAAUCAAGCAGCAACCUGGCCGGAAGCUACCAUCGACCCCAGCCUCCCCCCUAUUCCAGCGCGACCAACUCUCUCCACCAUCGCAGGUCCCUAAACACCGACAUACACAUUGCAUCCGGCAGCGGCCACACUCCAGAACAUAACCGCCACUUAGCCUUAGAAGAAUCCCUCAAACUACUUAACGAAGCAAAUAUCGCCAGCGAAUUCGAUAACCUACUGUUAAAAGACCCUGUUCUCGACUUAACUGACGGUUGUGAUGACUAUGUCCCGAUCCGACCGGACACAAUUGAUUAUGUGCCGCUAAAACCGGAUCACGCCGGUUAUGUGUCUAUGAAUCCGGAGUUAGAUGACAUUAUUGUCCCCGAGCUGUCAAAGUUUGGCGUGCCCGGUGUUGGCAUUUGACACAACGACGCGCCUGUCAAAACGUGGUUCUGUUAAAUACAUAAUACCGAAUUGAAACGUCAUCGACUCCUUUUUAGCUGUCAAUGAUAUUUUAAUUAUUCGGUCUAAAAAUGGGAUAGUUUCUCAAGCUAUAUUUAUUGUAAGAGGCUAUACUAACGUAGAUAAUGUAGUGGUUGCGAUUUAGUCUGUAGAUAUUAAAUGAUUACCAUUUAUACUAUCUGGGUUUCUGAAUAGUAUUAACAAAAAAUAUCAUUAACUCACUUGAUCACUUAGAGUAGGGAUUGGUCUCCGCUACGCUCCAACUAGAUACCGCAGGCGUUGUCGCAAAGUGCGGCAACUAAUACUACGCCCAAGUGCAUACACGAGCUAAUCUCGAACAAUGUGUGACGUUCACACGAAAGCGUAUAGUUUUGAAUGUGUGAAUGUCCUCCUUCUGUCGGAACUUGUAAAGGCAGACACUAUAGGUUUAUAUAACUGUAGUUUUAAAUUCGUAGGAAUUAGUAUCAUUGUUAUCUAGGAAUUAAUGUUAUAAGUUUAUAGAGUUGAAGUAGCUAUUCUUAAGAGGGACUCAAUAAUCUAUCUGCAUAAUUUUGUUGAGAUAUUUUACAUUCUCUGAACCUUGUGUAUUUUUUUAUAAUACGAAUCAAAGUUUGUCUCAGUAUACGUUCAGAUAAAACCAUUGGGGAUUGUAUGCUUGUCAAUUGUAUUCGAUACUUGUAUGUUUUAUUCAUUGAAAGACUUACCUUGCGAUCCAACACUGGAGGUUCAACAAGAAAAAGCGAUUCAUUCGAUUGUAUGAAACGUUAAAGAAAACGGCCACAAUCCUGUAAAAAAAAUCCACUACGUUUUAAGCAACUGUUCGCUUCCAAACUUAGCUGGAUUAUACAUCGUCGCUAAUCACCAUAUUACUGUAAUUACUACUAUUUCAAACUUAUGUCAAAUCACUGCACGUUACAUACUAAAAUAAAUUUCAAUUUUUACUUAGGCAGUCCCGCCUCGUAUAACGUAGUAUUUAUAUCCUCUUUGUUGACAACUACCAUCCAUGGCACGUGAUAUUUAUUACAAACGUUAAACAAAAUUCUGUCGCCAUAUAAUGUUGCUAUAAUAAAUAGUUUUUUCUACUCUACUUCUAUCUGUCAUUCAUACAGCCAUGAUCAGUAAUAAAAGUGCUUUAUUAAGUCUUUGAAAAACUCUAUACUCUAUGGCAUAAAAAAGCAUUGUUUACAGUACUUUAAUGUCGCACAAUUGUUUUGGUGCCACAGACAACUAAAUCUAGGUAAGGUAUUGUAGGUUCAAAGAAAUAAAGAAAUAUUAGGUAAAACGCAGUACAUAAUAUAUUACAUAUAUAAUAUUAACAUGAAAAAACUUGUUAGUAUAAUUUGCCCUGCGGUACGAGGAUGGCUAGAUCAAAAUGUUUGCUGUCCCAAUACUCAGGCGAAAAGAGAAAUAUCAAAAUAUAAAUUUUAUAACCAAUUUCGUGUACUAGUUCUUUAUAUAUUUUUACUCAUGUAUUUGAUUCUAUAGGUAGGUGUGGAAGUCUCCAAAAACCGUCAUUUUUUGAUUGGAGCAACUGUAAUUCAUAGUUCUCCAAGAAACUUAAGUCUGUGUCUUCGGGAUAAUACUCCUGCAUCUUAGUUCUGCAGCAUACGCGGUUAAAAAGAUUAGACAAUUAACUGACAUAGAUCCGGCGCGACUAGUAUACUUUAGUUAUUUCCAUAGUAUUAUGUCCUAUGGUAUAUUGCUAUGGGGCGACGCUGCCGAUAUUAAUACAAUAUUUGUGCUGCAGAAGAGGGCUAUUCGCGCUAUUUAUAACCUAGGUCCUAGAGAAUCAUUGAGAGCAAAAUUCAAAGAAAUUAACAUCUUGACUGUUGCUUCUCAAUAUAUUCUUGAUAAUGUAAUGUAUGUUCAUAGGCACAUAAGUAAAUUUGCCAGAAACUGUGAUAACCAUAAUGUUAACACCAGGAACAGACAUAAACUGAUGAUGCCUACUACUCGGCUAAGUCGAGUGGUAGGUCUUUUGUGGGGCGAUGUAUAUGCUUUUACAACAAGAUCCCAGAUAAUGUUCAAAACAAAAGUAUUACGUUAUUCAAAAGAAUUGUUAAAAAACGUUUGUGUGGUAAAGGUAACUAUAACAUAAAUGACUUUCUUAAUGAUACCACAGAUUGGGAAUGGAGUGACCGCCCUCAGGCUAUUAAAUAAUAAGUUUAAUUGUACAAUAUUACUUUGUCAACAUAUUUAUUCGAUGAAAAAAAAAGCCCGCUGAGUUUGUUGCGCCCAUUCUUCUCAGGUCUGAGGCAUUCAUUUUGGAAUGGGUGGUAGUUUUUUGACUUUUAAUAAGUGAUGUCAGAUCCUAUUUUGAAUUAAAAUAUUUGAAUUUGAA